CUCCGCUUAAUCUCUGAAAUGGGGUUGUGAUUUUCGUACUUUUUUUUCUGUUUGGUUUAUGAAUGAUCGAUGUUUUUCUUUAUAUAUGCUGGUUUGUGUGGAAAUAUGCCUUUCAGGUGUUUGUUUAAUGGCUAUCUCUUGUUUUCUUCCUGUUUUAUAACGUUGAUUGCUGUGAUGAUUAACCAUUUAAAUGGAAUAUCACUGGACCUGAUGUGGGUUGUGCUCUGUUUUCAAUUUAAGAUUGAUGUAUUGGAAUUGGAAGGUAUUGUCAAUGUCUCCAAUUAUUAUGGGUUGAUUUUGUCAGCUUCUUUCUUGUUUCUUCUCAAAUUUUUGAGUUUGUCUAAGCAUUAGUGAGACUUUUGGCCCGUGUGCGAGCUUGUCUGUUUCCAGCAUUACUUUUUCAUUCUAUUGGCAGAAUUACAUGGACAACCUUUGUCUUCUUUCUUGUGAUUUCAUGCUGACAUUUGUAUUUUUGUCUUCCAAUUAUUUUGCUUCCUAUGUUGUAUGUCUUACAAAAGUGAAAUAGCGUUUCAUGCUCUUUGUUCAUGAACGUUGUGGUGAAUAAACUGAUUCUUUUUCAGAAUGUUUGUUAUCAUCUAUGCUCAUGAGAUGUGCUGUGUCAAAUUCUGAUGGCUGAGAAGGGUGAUGUGCCAGUGUCCCUUGAAAUGAUCAGUACUGCAGGCACUUAUUCAAGAAGAAACUCUACUGCAGGUACUUAUUCAAGAAGAAACUCUACUGUAGGUGCUUAUUCGAGAAGAAGCUCUAUGGGAUGGACAAGUUAUCCAAAUAGUGGAGAAAAACUUAUGCCUAAUUAUCUAAGAGCAUCUACUGGUUCCUGUCAUGAUUUUUGCAAAUAUGGAAGAAAUCAUGCUUUUGAAACCAAGUCAAGACAACCAGUGUCCAAAAAUCUGGCAAGAAAAUCGCUCGACGGUGGAAGUUCUGUCGAUGCUAUUUUACUUCCUGAGAGAAAGAAAACAACUUUGACUUGGGCCAAUGCUGAAUUUUCAUCAACUUCCAGAUUAUCUGAAACCAAGUCGAGACAACCACUGCCCAAAAAUGUGACAAGAAAAUCACUCGAUGGUGGAAGAUCUCUAGAUAGUGUGGUACUUCCUGAGAGAAAGAAAACAAUUUCAACUGAAACCAAGUCAAGACAACCAAUGACCAAAAAUGUGGCAAGAAAAUCACUUGAUGGUGGAAGUUUAGUAGAUCGUGUGGUAUUUCCUGAGAGAAAGAACAUAACUUCAACAACGUGGGCCAAGGCUGAAUUUUCAUCCACUUCCAGAUUACAUGAAGCUGAUUCAACUACAUUCUCAAUGACUAAAUUGCCAGUAGAAUCUCCUGCCCUCCUGACUCCAGUGCAGAGACAAGUCCCAAAUGAGAGGAAGAAGAAAUUGUUGCCUAGUCCAAAGCAGCGAGAAGUCCUCAAUGAAAGCAAAAAGAAAUUGUUGGUUGAGCCGAGAACUUUGUCUACGUCAAGAUCACGUACAAAAAAUUCCCUAAAGAACUUGAAGCCUGAAACGUCUGCAGCUGCUAGAAGUCCAGAGAAUUCUGUGGUUCAAGUUUUUGCAAAAGCCAAGGAGAGAGUGUUACCUGAAAAGUCUGAUAAAAUUUUGAAACCGAAGUCUAUUAAAGUAAAGCCAUUGAGAUCUGCAUCUCUGGACAAUUCGAGAUGGAAAAAUUAUUCCAAAAUGGGCAAAUGUUCGGGGACUUCUAAAGAAGCUGCAAAGAAAGUGGUGGCAGCCUCAACAGGUUCAUUUUCCUCGAACUCUAUCCAUGGAGCUGCAAACUUAACCACAAGAAAGCAUGUUAAUGGAGCUGCAAACUUAACCACAAGAAAGCAUGUUAAUGGAGCUGCAAACUUAACCACAAGAAAGCAUGUUAACUUGAAAGGCGUCCCACUUAAAACUCAUAAAGUGAUCAAAAUAUCUGAACGUGGACAAGUGCGAAAUGAAGAGAUCCAAGAGAAAAACUUCCAGGGUGAAGAGGUCCAAGAGGAAACCUACCAGAGUGAAGUGGUAGAAGAGGAAACCUUCCAGAGUGAAGAGGUCCAAGAGAAAACCUUGUAUGUCAUUAAGAUCGAAAAUGAGGAAAUACCCCAGCAACCUGAUCAAGAUAAAACUGAUUAUAACAUGGAAGCGUCGUCAUUGCCACCUAAAUCGCUAUCACCGCCAAUGUCCCCAGCUACUUUGGCCGAUGCAGAAGAUCAAGAUGUAUCUGAAUACACGGAAUACACGGGAAGUGAAGCAGAGAAUGACUUUUACCAUGAAGGUGACAAAAUUGGCAGCAUAGAAGCAGGCAAUGCUUCAAGUAAAGGUAGUAAAAAUUGCAGAUCCCAAAAUCAUGGGAUGUUGCAAUCUAAACUUAAGGAUCCUCAAUCUACAAAACUGAGUUUCAGGAGGGGAAAAAUUAUUGACAUCUGUUCCGAGAGUAAUAGUCCGAGAAGGCUUAAAUUUAGGCGUGGAAGGCUGUUGGGGGAGAAUCAAAAGGCUGGGGAUGGUCUUAGGAAGAACUUCAAGAGAGGAAAAGAAGUUAACAGUGAAACCAAUACCACAACUCAAGAAACUGUUGUUUUGAGGCACCAAGAUGUGCAGGGGAAAAAAGAUGCGCAGGGCUUGUUUAACAAUGUUAUUGAAGAAACUGCAAGUAAACUCGUCGAAACUCGAAAGAGCAAGGUUAAGGCCUUGGUUGGUGCAUUCGAAACAGUGAUCUCCCUGCAAGAUGGAAAGCCUUCCAUUGAGUCUUGACAAUGUCAGUUAUGAAUGAGAAAUUGAGCUUGACUUAAGAAUUUAACUGAUUGGCAUAGAGUGGUGGGAAAUAAGGCUCGGGUUGAAAAGACGGCGAGCUGAGACUGCAGUAGCCAUAAAAAUAGAUUGCUCUUUUUAUUGGUAGGAAGAAUUCUGUACACAGAUAGGAAGUAUUUGUUUUUGCUAUUGUUUUUCAGGGUAAUCUUCUGCUCCUUAAUAACCAAAUGGUUCUACUGAAUUGACAAUAUUGAUUUGUGAGUUGCACAUAAAAUAAGGGUAGGCUCAUGACUUCAUGUGUUUUUGAAUUGACAGUUAUCUGCCAACUCUGGAUCUUUUACUUGUAAGUUGUGACUUUCUUUGGUUGUGAAGGAUUUAUAAUUCAUUGAA